UUAUCCCCGAUGGGAGGAGACAUAUCUAAUAAAAGGUAAAAUUUCCAAAAUAAAUUUAAUACCCCUAGAGACGUGUGCAAUCUAGGGGAAAACUGCAACGGAAAAAGGAAAGGAAGCCUGCCGAUCGUCUUCCUCUUCUCGUCGCAAAGAUAAUACAGAGAUACUAUGGAAAAUGAAAAGCAGGAAGAUGAUUCUUUGGUGCUAAGGUGUCUGGUAGAUCAUGCAGAAACCAUAUCGAAUGAGUUAGAGUCAAACCGAUCUGAAGUUGAUAAACAAAAGGAAAAAGUUGUGGAGGUGACAGUUGAUACAAGAUGCAACAUUGACAACUCCAAGGAGGAGUUAGAACUUCUUUUGCGCAGAGUUAAAACUACUGCAACUUUGUUUACCUACAUGAAAUCUAAAGCUAGAAUCAUGGCAAUUCCCCAAUUAGCUCAUACAUCAUGUGGGAUCAAACUUCAGGAGGGCAUAGGUUUUGUUGACAAAUUCGGUGUUCCUUUAUCCAAUUGGUCUAAGGAUGUUGACAUUUGUCCCUUUGAAGAUGCAGACAAAGGAGUGCAACUGACAAAUUCUCCCAGGUUUCCUGGAUCUAUUGAUGUCUAUGAUCGAGCAUACAAUGAUGAAAUGCUGAGUUCAGUACAUACUAUAACAGAUGUUAUGGAAUUUCUUGUUAAGAGAGUUAUCAUUGCAGAAACUGAUGCUGCUAAUCAGAAAGAACUAGUGAAGUUGGGUUUAGAAGAAAAUAGAAGGAAAACCCUUCAGAUUGAGAUUAUGUCUGCAAGGGUUGAAGAGGUGGAGAAUUUUGCAUUUGGUGCAAAUAAUAUUCUAAGUGAAAUGCGGCAGAAGGUUGUGGAUAUGGUUGAAGAAACAGCAAGACAGAGACAGCAAGCAGAAGAGAAUAAGCAGGAGCUUCAUCGUGUGAAGCAAAAUUUUGAGACAUUGAGAUCAUUUGCUAAAAGUCUUAUUAGUGUCAGAGAAGCCCUUCUAUCAGCAGAGCAACAGUUUCGCUCUGUUGAGGAGCUUUUUGACAGUCUAAGUGCAGGAACUUCUCGCUUGGAGAAUGAGAAGGUCCAGAAGGAGGCUGAAGUUCAAAAGCUCAUUGAAGAGAAUGCAGGAUUAAGAGCUCUCGUAGACAAGAAGGAGGCCCAACUGCUGGCCAUGAACGAACAAUGCAAGUUCAUCGCUCUGAGGAGCCCUGGCAUUUAGUCCUUUAUACACUCCUAGGCCAUCUUCACGACAAUGAAUCACUGAGAAAAGAGCUUUACAUACAAAAAGAUCAAGAUUCAAUCAACAACUCCUUUCUUUUCCCUCGGCACGAGCUUUUUAUUCAAUUUAAUGGAAAAGGAUCAGUUCUUGAAAAUUAGUUGAAUUGCCGUCUUUUUGUGGGCACAAGCUUUUUAUUCAAUCUAAUGGAAAAGGAUCAGUUGAAUUGCCCUCUUUUUGUGGGCACGAACUUUUCAUUCAAUCUAGUGGAAAAGGAUCAGUUCUUGAAAAUUAGUUGAAUUGCCGAAUUCAUUAGUCCUUUACCACAACUCAA